UCAUCUACGACUCGAUGCUUUUCGCCCUCACCUUUUAUACGGCAUAUAAAAAUAGAACAGAAAAUAUACCUCUUUUGUACCCUCCUUCAUUUAGGGCUAUGGCGCUAGCCACGCUUUCCAACGUUCUCACCUUCUAUGUAUGUUCGAUCUCUUCACUGAUAACGUUUGGAUUGAUGUGCGAACAGUUAGCAGGGCCCUUUCUCAGGGGUGGCCUUUCCUCCUUCGCCAGUAGCGUAUCUGUAACCUUAAUGUCCCGGCUCGUGCUCAAUCUUCACCAAACAACUGAUACGGGCGUUAUGUCGGACAAUAACGACUCCACACCAGAGGAUGUUAGUCAUGAGCUGGACACUCUACCUCUUAGUGAUUUUGAAGAGUAGUCGUCUGAUAAUGAGACUGGCUUGGAGGAGUCUGCCGCGUAAUUGAUUUCAGAUCCUUAAUAUCUAUGUUAUAAUACAUCGUACUGAUAAAUGUUGUACUGUCCCCGUGAGGGGCGUUUGAGCUUGGUUUAUUUACCUUUAUUCAGUGGAACAACUAAUAUUAUGUUGAAUUUCCUC